AUGAAACGUGACAAAAAAUUGUGUCACAAAAACAUUUCUUUUGACAUUCAUUGGCUGCUCAACAACCCACAGCCUUCCCAUACAACCAGUCUGUUGUUUCUGCGCCCAGUGUUCUCUGGUAGUUAUUUUACAACGGACACCACCUUAUCGCUCGUCAUUAUUAAUCGGUCGGCAGCCAUGAGCGACAGUCAUGGUGGCACACUGGAAGCAGAACCGGAAGCUCAGGAUCCCAAGGCUGCCGACGCGGGAUCGGACGACGAGGAGGAGGAGGAGGAUGGGGGAGGGGCGUCGGACGGACAGCAAGAAGGUUCUGGCGGCGAGUCGAAAGACGGAGGAGGGGAGGCGGCGAACGGAACGGGGAAGAAGAAGAAGAAAAAGCAGAAAAAACGCAAGAAGAAGGGCGCGGGUGGGGGAUCCAUUGACGGCUCCUCCUCAGGCUCCGCCUCCCCGAGCGCUUCUCCGCCCACCUCCCCUUCCGCCAACUCCGCGCCCGCCGCGCCGUUCCCCCCAUCGUCGUCCGCGGAUGCCCCCCUGUGCCAACCGGACCUGGAUGACAUGCUGCCGGUCGAGGUGGCGGAAAAGAGGUUUGCGGCAGCGCUGGAGUCGAUGCGGAGCAAGGCGGACCUGUGCAUGUGGGUGCAGCUGGCGCGGUGCCGCGUGGGCGACAAGAAGCUGCGCCGCCUCACAGACGCACUCAUCCACUGCGAGACCGUCACCUCUGUCGACUUAUCAGAGAACCUUAUAUCGGAUGCAGGCCUGCGCCAGCUCGCCUGCGCGCUCUCCGCCCCUAGCGCCGCCCCGGAUUUGAUAUCCCUGAACGUGAAACGCAAUCCGAUCUCGGCUGCCGGGCGGGCGUGUCUGGCGAACUUGCAGGCUGUCAGGAAGCUUGUGAGGAUAGAGUAUGAGGAGAGCCCGCCUCCAGCAGCACAGGAGAAGAAGGGCGCGCAGGCAGGAAAGGGACAAGGCAUGACGGACCCACGUGGCUUUGAAAGCGGGGAGCGGAUGGGAGGGGCUUUGGCCAGCAAGGCGAGCAACCCCCAAAUUAGGAUCGACGCGGCCGUCCGGUUCAUCAGGGAAGCAUCCGAGAAGCUGCAGCAGGUGGCACCUGCGGGCAGCAGCAGUCGGAGCAUAGCAACGCGGGUGUUUGACUCGGGCAUGAUGACGGAGGCGCUGGAAGACGUGGUGGAGCUGGUGGAUGCUGACCUGCGCCGCAACCCCACCAAGUCGUACCAUAACUCGCCCAUCAACAAGCUGCCACUGCCGCUGCGGCUGGUGGUGGAGAGUCUACCCACGUUGGCAUCCCUGCUAGAGCUGCCCAUACCGCCCCAGCAGUGCCAGCGCAAGCUGGCAGAGCCCGCAGCGGGGCGGCACCGCAUUCUGACGGUGCUGCUGCUGCGCAAGGUGGUGGGGGCGUGUGGCCGCGUGGUGGAUGACAGGCUGGCACGGGAGGACGUGGGGAGGAAGGUGGCCGCGCUGCUGUUUGACUUCCCCUGGAGCAACGUGUUGCACCAUGGCGUGUGCUGCUUCCUCAUGUCCGCCCUGGAGCGUCCCAACUCGUCUCUCUCCUUUGGGGCGAGUGCUGGUGGGACUGCUGAUAGUGAGGCUGCUAGUAGUGAGGCUAACUCAGGGAGCGGGGAGAAGGUGGAGAGUGGGGGCCAAGGAAAGAAAGAAGGGAAGGGGGCAGAAGAGAAGGCCCAAGGGGAGGAGAAGGAGGAGGGCAAGGUGGAGAAACAGGGGGAGAGGGAAGGGGAUUCCAAGGGGGAGGGUGAAGGGGAGAAGCAGGCAGCAACAGCAACAGCAGCAGCAGCGUCAACAGAACCAGUGGUUCCUGCAGGCCCGCUGGCUCUGCCUGUGAAGCUGGCAGUGACGGCAGCUCCCUGGGUCAGCACCCCCAUCGGUCAACGACCUGGGCAUGCAGGGCCCAUCAUUCAGCUCAUGUUUGACAUUAGGGGCAGAGCAACCACCAGUGCGCCACUGCAGGCGAAGCUAGAAAAGCUGCCAGAGUGGCAGGCGUUUGCCCAGCCAGGGGGCCAGCUGGACGAGCUCCUCUCACAGCAGCACGGCACGCUGUGCGGGCCCAAGCCAGUGGUGCCGGGCAGUGAUGCGCCUGACAUGGGUGCCAGCAGUGGCGGGCAGAGUAUGCUGUUCGGAGAGCCCGACCUGCCGCCCUCUGUGCUUGGAAAACUGAGGGCCAUUUAUCUACAUGGGUCUUUCCGCCCUUUCCUCCGCCCGUUUGCGCUCGGCGCGCUGAUGGGCUCGCUGCUUGUUGCCGUCUCGCUUCUCUCCGCCAAUCCCCCCCGCGCUGACCCCUCCGCGGCUGUAGCUUCCGCCAGUGGAGCCGGGGGCGUGGGGACGUUGGGGGGAGCGGGCGCAGAGGGGGCUGCAGCCAGUGGCGCAAGCUACACGGGACGUCGGGAAGGGGAGUUGUUUUCGCGCAGUGAUGUAACGAGCGGUGUGGUAACCAGCAAUGUGGUAACCAUAUCAUCGUCAGGAGGGGCGCUGGAUGCAGUUGAUUCUCUGCCGGGCCUGUCGGAGGGGUUCGGCUUGGCACUGACAGACCUGGAGCAGAGGUACGGAGUAGGAGCAGAGGUUUGGGAGCACGCACCCAUGGUAUCAAGGGAGGAGUAUGAGGAGUUGGUGCGCGAGAGAGGGGCGUGGGAGGUGGUGGGGUUGCGGCGGGAGUGGGUGGAGGCGCGGAGGGAAUGGAUGGGGCCUGCGCGCAACACCAUGGAAGCUCUUCAGCGCCUCAUGAGCAUGCAACCCGGCUCAGGCAUAUUCCGCAAGCUCUUCGAGUACAUCUUCUGGCUGCGCCCCUACGUUGCUCUCUUCCGCUCCAUACCCACCCCCACACUCUCCUCCCUCUCGUCCCUCCGCCUCUCCUCCAUCCGCUCCUCCCUCUCUCUCGACGUGCGGCAAGCAGCGUCUUGUCUCAACACCGCCCGCUCCGCCCUCCUCUCCUCCCUCCACACCCUCUCCUCCCGCUGCGGCGUCGACGCGGGUGGGGAGUUUUGGACUGACAUGCAUGAUGCGGCGCUGCAGCGGUACCGGUGGGUGGCUGAGUCCGCGUUUGACAAGUGGUGCGUGGACUGGGCAGCGGUGGGGGGCAGGUAUCGGCAGCAUGCGGGGAUGGUGGUGCCUGGGGAGGAGUGGAGGAGGGAGGGAUUGCAUGGUGGGGGGAUGGAGAAGGAUAUAGAGAAGGGGUUGAGAGGGAUGGGGGGAAGUGAGAGUGACAGAGACCUGGAGACACAAGGGCAAGGGGGAGAUCAGGGGGCGGCGAGGGUGGGAGAGGGCGGAAAGGGAACGGAGGAGCAAGAGACUCCAGAGGCAAACGCGAGGAGGAGGGAAGAGGAGAGAGCGAGUGUGGGGCGGAUGAGGCGCCAGCCGGAGUUCUCCUUCCUGCUCCUACCCGACGCACUCUCCCCGCCUCCAGCAGGGGGGAAGGGAGCGCGGUUGGAUGCGCGGGCAGUGGCGGAGGUGGUGGUGGGGUGCAUGCGGCACGUGGGGUUCCAUGCCACAGGCAGUGCAGUGGGUGUGCCUGUAGAGCUGCUCGUGCUGCUGCCUGUGGGGCGAGAAGAGCAGGGUGGGCAGGGAAAGGGGCAGGGAGUGGAGAAUGGGGAGGGCGGGGAGGGUGGGGAGGGUGGGGAGGGUGGGGAGGGCGGGGAGGGCGGGGAGUGGGAGCGGGUGGCGGCGUGGAGUCAGGCAGCGUGGGCAGUGGAGGAGCAACGACUCACUGUGCUGCCCGUGAUGAGGGAGUGGGGCGACUUGGGUCGGGAGCCGCACAGCACCGCUGCCAACCUCACAGGCAACAGCAGCACUGGCAGCAGCGCCCCGCCACCCCCUGUGACCUACACGGGGUGGGUGCAGGGCACACCUCUAGCCAUCCGCCGUUCUGCCCUUCUCUCCCUCGGCUCGCUUGCACCUCUGCUGAGGGGAGAGGUGGGUGGAGCGGACGAGGGGCAGGGGGAUGCGAGCAGCAGCAGGAUUGGAGCGUGGGUGGUGUGUGUGAGGGCGUGGCUUGCAGGGUACCGAGUGGGGCUGGUUCAUGCACCCUCUGCUGGGUUUCUCCUUGCCAAGCAGGGUGAUUCCGGUGCAGGGAGCAAUGGUGCUGGCAGUGUUGGUGGGGGGAGCAUUGGUGCAGGCAUGGGUCCUGCUGCAGUGAAUGGUGAGUUGUCUGCACUCGUGGCUCCCUAUUUGCACGCUGUAAAACAGAGAAUAGCCCUUCUAAAUUCAUAG